AUGGAAACGGCGUCUGAAACCGAUGGUGAAGGCUGUAACUUUAUACUAAAGAUGGUGCCUCUUACUGACGAUGCCGGCGAAAGAUCUGGGUAUGUACCACGUCAACGGUCCGAUGCUGGAAAUCAUGAAUAUUAUGCCAAAGGACAAAGGGGUAGGUGCGUUCCACAAGCUCUCCUUGUUGCUCCUACUAAGUUGCCAAAACGAAGUCAGCAAAUGAUUCAUUGCACCAUUAUUAUGAGGGCGGGAGAAUGGCAGCAAUACGCAACUCGCCACCAAUCUGACUGA